AUGAUUGUGCCAACUAUUCCACAAUUUUUCAAAGAUAAAGAGAUUUUUAUCACUGGUGGCAGCGGAUUCGUCGGAAAAGCCCUAAUAGAGAAGAUUUUAAGGAGUUGCCCUGAUUUCAAAGUCAUCUAUUUGCUUCUGAGAGAGAAAAAGGGCAAACCGAUUGAGGAGCGACUCGAUGACAUUUUACAAAAUGAGUUAUUCAGUUUAGUCAGAGAAAAAAAUCCCAAAGCAUUUAAAAAAGUGGUGGCAGUAUCUGGUGACGUCAGUCAACUUCAAUUGGGUUUAAACGAAUCUGACAAACAAUUAGUACUCAGGUCAGAAAUUGUAUUCCACGUGGCCGCCAGUGUCAGAUUCGAUGAUUCCAUUAAAAAGGCAACCCUGAUGAACACUCGAGGUACUCGUGAAACUAUGGAACUAAUGUUGCAAAUGCCAAAUUUGGUGGUCGGUGUCCACGUGUCAACCACAUAUUGCAACACCGACAAGGAUGUCAUCGAGGAAAAAGUGUAUAGAAACCACGGAGAUUGGAGGGAAGCCAUCAAACUGGCUGAAAACUAUAAUGAUGACUAUGAAUUUGCAAGCCUCACCGAAAAAUGUCUAGGAGGAUUGAGGAAUACAUAUCUGUACACCAAACAUCUGGCUGAAAAUAUCGUAGAAGACUACAGCGACAGACUGCCCUUGGUUUUAUACAGACCAGGCAUUGUCGUGUGUCCAUGGAAGGAACCAAUACCGGGAUGGUUUGACAACAUGAACGGACCUAUAGCUCUGAACAUUGCCGGAGCAAAAGGGCUCUUAAGAGUGAUGUAUACAGGCCCAAAGGUCGUACUGGACUACAUACCAGUAGAUGUAAUUAUCAAAGGCCUCCUGGUAGCAACUUGGAAUAAAGUGACAGAAAGGGAUCCUCAAAGAAAUCUACCGGUCUACAACUGUUCGGUUUACAAUAAAUUUGUGAUAAACCAAGAACGCGCCUACAAAAUCGGGAUUGAAGUGAACUCGAAGAUGCCUUUUAGGACUUUCUGGUACCCAAGGUGCACGUUUAUCGGCAGUUGGACAAAAUUUUGGUUAUUGUUCUUUUUCUACAACAUAAUUCCAGGUUUCUUCGUGGACAACAUUUUAAAAAUCACUGGACACAAACCAAUAUUGAUGAAGAUUCUGCGAAAAAUUUAUGUCGCAAUUUUGGCAGUCGGAUAUUUUACGAACAGAAACUGGGACUUCAAAAGUGACAACUUUUGGGAUUCUCUACAAAAUUUGUUACCUGAAGACAGAAACGAUUUCGACUACGACAUGAAAACCUUUGACGCCUACGAAUUUGCAUGGAACGUCAGGAUAGGAUCAUCAAAAUAUCUUUUGAAGGAGCCAGAAAAUCCUAAGGAAUAUAAAAGAAUUUUCAAAAGAAAUAAAAUUAUAUACUACACAAUAGUGUACGCACUUUUGGGCACUUUGGUCUACUUAGUAUUCUCGUCCAGAUGUUUUAAGAGUAUUGUUAAGGAUUACAUUGCAUUGUAA